GCGUACCUGUGGCUCCUCAUCAUCCUGAUGGUGACGUCCCCCGAGGAGGUGGAAGUGUGGGAAGCCGUGGUGACUUUCCUGCUGUUCCCUUUGCUGGUCCUCCUGGCGUGGCUGGCGGAGAGGAACUUCUGCGGCGUCCCCAACAAGACGGACACGAGUAAACAGAUAGAACUUGGGAACUUCCAGACAGGUGAGACGGAGGAACCAGCAGCAGGUUGUGAAAAGUUCCUGGUGUGCUUAGGGCUUAAGCAACCAAGGAGAGUUAGGGCGGAUAAAUUACUCAAGGAGAAGCAGUACUUCCGGGAUGGACGUUUGGACAGGGACGGGCUGGUCGCGUUCAUCAAGGAGGUGAAGAACUACCCCGGACUCACUGACGAGGAUGCUGCUGUGUUGGCUGCCUCCAAGCUCGUGGAAUCCCAGAGCCACUCGAGGAUGUGGUACCGCGUCGGUGCUGUGAGAAACAUGACAGGUGGCCGGAAGACGCAGCCCCAACUCUCGACGAAGCUGAAGGAGGUCUACAGUGCCAUGAAUGAACACCCUGAAGCACCCACCCUGGGAGAUGUCCCUAAGGUAAUGCCACACCAGAAUGCCAUCAUUGACUUCCAUGCUGCCUCCUGUGCUGUCAUGGAGAAUAUUGGCAAGUUUGAGGUAGCCAUUAUUAGGAGUGGAAGAACAGACAAUGAAGUUAAUGUCAGGGUUGAGACAAUUGAUGGAACUGCUACAGAAGAUCAGGAUUAUAUCCCAAUCAAUCAAGUCAUCACCUUUGGACCUGGAGAAACAGAAAAAUUGAUUGAAGUGGAAAUCAUCAAUGACAACCAGUGGGAACCUGAUGAGGAGUUUUUCCUUAAGAUCUCAUUGCUCUACAAUGCUGAAAAGCGUCAGGGAGUUCAGCUUGGCCGAAUCUCAAUCAUGGAAAUCACUAUUCUCAAUGAUGAUGAACCUGGUAUGGUAAUGUUCCAGAAGCGAGGUUUUCUUGUAAAGGAGAGCAUUGGUAAGGCUAUCAUCCCUGUAGUGCGAAAGAAUGGAGCUGAUGGGGAAAUUACUGUGAAAUGGAGGUCAAUCGACAAAACUGCUAUCUCAGGAAGGGACUUUGAAGGAGGGGAAGGUGUUCUCGUGUUCAAGCACACUGAGAUUGAACAGAAUAUUGAGAUUCCAAUUAUCGAUGACAUGACCCCAGAAAAAGAUGAGCAUUUUGAGAUUGAACUUUUUGACCCAACUGGAGGAGCUAAGUUGGGCCAGAUCAACCGCACAGCUGUUACCAUUACCAAUGAUGAUGAUUUCAACAAUGUCUUGGCCAACAUGAUGAUCAUGACAAAUGCCAAUGUGCAUGCACUGCAAGUUCACCAUGAGACUUACCUGAGUCAGAUUAAGGAUGCUCUCAAUGUUAAUGGUGGUGACAUUGAAAAUGCAACGGGAAUGGAUUAUGUGAUGCAUUUCCUUACCUUUGGGUGGAAAAUCAUAUUUUCUCUGGUGCCUCCCCCUGGCAUACUUGGUGGAUGGUUGUGUUUCUUCGUAUCUCUCGGCGCUAUUGGUUUGUUGACGGCAAUCAUUGGUGAUUUGGCUGCCACAUUUGGUUGUCUUGUUGGACUUAAGAACUCUGUUACUGCCAUCACCUUCGUUGCCCUGGGAACUUCACUGCCAGAUACAUUUGCAUCCAAGACUGCAGCUGUUCAAGAGAAAUAUGCUGAUAAUGCUGUGGGUAAUGUAACAGGUAGUAACUCAGUCAAUGUGUUCCUGGGAUUGGGAGCACCAUGGCUCAUUGCAGCAAUAGUCAACAAGAUAAGGGGAAAAGUAUUCUUUGUUCCUGCUGGUAACCUAGGCUUCAGUGUUGGCGUAUUCACUGGUCUUUGUAUUUUGUGCAUUGGUCUCCUUUUGCUGAGAAGAUUCCUGGGAGUGUUUGGAAAAGCAGAGCUUGGAGGAAAUGUUCCAAUGAAAUACGUCUCGGGAGCCAUCAUGAUUUCGUUUUGGCUCAUCUAUGUGCUUUGUACCUCUUUCCAGGCUUAUGGAUAUUUUUGAAGUGAAAAUUUAGAUGUUUGUUAUGAUUACCUGUCUCAUUCUAUUUGUAAGAUUGCUUUUUUUGUACAACUUUAUUGUACUUCUCUCGGGAAUUUAAUUUUGGGGAUACCCAUCCUGAAUUACAUCUCUGUGAUUACAUAAUCAGAUUACAGAUUCUUGCAUAGACUCUUUUGGAGACCAUGAAAGUGUGUCUUUUUAAAACCAAAAACAUAAUAUUGAUGUCUAUGCAUUUAUUUAACAAUCAAAAAUUGCAAAGGAAAACUUCAAAGAAUGAAAAAGAAAACAGAUAGUUUUUACGGCCAUCAUCUAUAAUUUAUGCAUUUUUGUUCAAAGAUCAUAAAAAAAAACUAUUUUGUGUACUUAAAGGUUAUCACAAUUUUUUUUUUUACUUUUUUUUAAAAUAAAUUAUGGGGUAUGUCCAUUUAUCCUCAGGGUAGCUGUAAACUUACUAUGCUGUAAACUAUUUUGCUGACAUACUAAACAUAUGCCUUCUACAAAAAAUUCAAUGUGAAGAAUGACAGGCCUGUCUCUUCAUUUACUUUAUUGCUACAGAAAUAAGUAAGUGUACAGCAGCACCUGACACUGUAAAUUCAUUUUGUACUAAAGUAAAUAUUGGUAAGCUAAUCAUACCUAGUUUCAGGUGAGGUUAGAAGCAUUCUUCCAAGCAUGUUUUAGUAACUUUUAAGUUAUGUGUAUUGUAAGAUUUACCAUGCAGAUACCUAAGAAAUUAUAUGGGAAAGGAAAUUUUGGUAAAGUUUCAUGCGCAAGUAUGCUUCCAGCCAAAAAUUUAGGACAGCUUUCCAAAAUUCACCUUUAGAUACUCAUGAAAACAACUGAUCAGUUUUUUUUUUUUUUUAAAAAUUGUAAUUCCAUAUACUAUUAAUUACUUAAAUACUGUUUUUCAUUUCAGUAUAUCACAGGCCUCUAUAUGUCUCAAGUUAACUCAUAUGCAUCAGCAUUUAAUUACUGCAGAUUUAUUCAGUAUGUUAUCUUCAAUUAUUUUUUAAAAAUGUCAAAUAUUGGAAACAAAAUUCAGGUAUGAAUUGAUGUAUAACUUGUUGACAUAUUAUUGCUAGAAUUUUAUUUUUCAAAAAUAUGAUCCAAAAUAGUAUGGGAAAAAACUACAAAAUCUUUCAGUCUAAUGAUGUUAUCCCAUAUUGCCCAUUCAUGAGCUGCAACUAGCCAUUACAUAAGAAAUUAAUUUUCUAAUGAAUACAUACGUGCAAAAUAACCAAUCAGUCAUAAACAGUAACCAAACAAGUAUGCAUAUAUACAUGCUCAUGAAGGGGUAAAAAUGAAGGACCUGAUUCCUCAUUUUGAAUGUAUCAUAGGCUAAGGU